UAUAAAAGAUCAGCCGCGCCCAGCCCUUCCUAUUUCUUCCAAGGCAGCGAUCCGAUCGUCAGGUGAAGAUACAGACAGGAUGGUAGCCAAGUUUGCCCUCGUGUUGGUCCUUUUGCCACUGGCUCUAGCCUGGCCAAUGGAACAGAAGGCUGACGACAAGGACAUGAUGAUGCAGUACAUGAUGAAGAUGUGGCAGAAGAAGAUGGAGGAGGAGAAGAAGGAGCAUUAUGCCGGCGACCCGGACGGAUGCAAGGCUGAUGACGAUGACGACUGGAAGGCUUGGAUGAUGAAACACCAGGAAGAGAAAGCCGAGAAGAUGAAGGAGGAGUAUAAGAAGUUUAAGGAGUUCAUGUCCCACAAGAAGAUGAUGGAGGAAAAGAAGAUGGAGGAAGAGAAGGAGAAGAUGUAUGAGCUGUGGCAGAAGCAGAAGGAGAUGAAGGAGAGAGAGGAGAAGGAGGAAGAUUUCAAGGAGAUGAUCGACUCCUUCCAGACCCAGAAACACAAGUUCGCCUUUCAGCUGACUCACGAGUUCCUCCAACUUUGCCAGUGCAAUGAGGUCUCUGAACAGAUGGAAAAGCUUUCGAUGUUCAGCAUCCGUAACGGCACCGACCUCAUGGACAACAUGACUUCAAGCAACGUCAGCAUGGCCAUGGAAACUGGUGAUAUGGCGAUGCUGGCCCAGAAGAUGUCCAAGAUGUCUGCCGAUGAGAAGAAGAAGGUGUUCAUGUCGGGGCUCAUCAAGUCCAUGUGUAAUGGCGCCCAAACCUUCAUCAGACACGCCAAGCAGUUUGAAGAGAUGUACUUGGUCACGUACACAGAGGACAAGAAGUCGACCACGACCAAGGAUCCUUUCACCUCUGAUUAGUGUAACUACAAGCUGCGUCUGCAGAGACAGAGAAAUUAUAAUUUUACGUUCUGUUUGCUGUUAAAACGUUCAGUGCCUUUCUUCGACAUAAGUAUUGUUCAUGUAAACGUUUCGUAUACUCUUCAUUUUGUUCUGACUAUUUCCUGUCAGGAUCCGCUGUUCCUAGGUUCGAAUCCCAGAUUUGCCGAUUAUUACCCUUGGUCUGGAAGUACCAUAUCAAUGCAUUAUUUGUCAAAAUAUCAAACGGCAACGACCUCAGUCGCAUUCGGCACCAUAUUAAACUAAUAUCCUGAUUAACUGAUGUCCAAACCGGUGGUACACACAGAUCAAUUUCACAUUCUCCCCAAUGUGUUUUCUUCACUUUCCAUACCUUCUUUGCAUUUAUUGAGUUUAUUUUCUACUUUGUACAUAUAACUCUGUUGAAUAAACUGUUUUGUUAACAUUUU